AUGAGAGGGGUUUCCUGUCUCCAGGUCCUUCUGGUGCUGGGAGCUGCUGGGACUCAGGGAAGGAAGUCUGCAGCCUGCGGGCAGCCCCGCGUGUCCAGUCGGAUCGUUGGGGGCCGGGAUGCCCGGGACGGAGAGUGGCCGUGGCAGGCGAGCAUCCAGCAUCGUGGGGCACACGUGUGCGGGGGGUCGCUCAUCGCCCCCCAGUGGGUGCUGACAGCGGCGCACUGCUUCCCCAGGAGGGCACUGCCAGCUGAGUACCGCGUGCGCCCGGGGGCGCUGCGUCUGGGCCCCACCUCGCCCCGCACACUCUCGGUGCCCGUGCUACGGGUGCUGCUGCCCCCGGACUACUCCGAGGACGGGGCCCGCGGCGACCUGGCACUGCUGCAGCUGCGUCGCCCGGUGCCCCUGAGCGCUCGCGUCCAACCCGUCUGCCUGCCCGUGCCCGGCGCCCGCCCGCCGCCCAGCACACCAUGCUGGGUCACCGGCUGGGGCAGCCUCCGUCCAGGAGUGCCCCUCCCAGAGUGGCGACCCCUACAAGGAGUAAGGGUGCCGCUGCUGGACUCGCGCACCUGCGACGGCCUCUACCACGAGGGCGCGGACGUGCCCCCGGCUGAGCGCAUUGUGCUGCCUGGGAGCCUGUGUGCCGGCUACCCCCAGGGCCACAAGGACGCCUGCCAGGGUGAUUCUGGGGGACCCCUGACCUGCCUGCAGUCUGGGAGCUGGGUCCUGGUGGGCGUGGUGAGCUGGGGAAAGGGUUGUGCCCUGCCCAACCGUCCAGGUGUCUACACCAAUGUGGCCACAUAUAGCCCCUGGAUUCAGGCUCACGUCAGCUUCUAA